UUUUGUUCUGUUUUGCCCAGUUGUGGGACUAUUACGGAGGGCGGGGCUUUCCCCGUCGUACUACGGACCCCAGCAUACACUGCGCGGGCCAACACGCCGGAGAGGGGAAAUCCGGGCAGGCCUGGGGGUGUGGCUGCGUGGAAAGGCUGAGUUACAGACUAGUUCUGAGAACGCUUGCUACCACCGUUUGUGAAGGCGGUAGGCCCCGCGAGGGCCUAGCAGGCGGAAGGGCCUGCCACGCGACUUCCCAGCUCAGACAUGCCACACCUUGUGACUGUUCUGGUGUAGCGGUUCACCCUCCUCGACUAUGGCCCACCAGUCUUUCCUGGGCUCCCCAGAGGCUCGCGCCAGCUGCCUGGACCUGUGGAAGGAAAAGAACGACCGGCUCGUUCGACAGGCCAAGGUGGCUCAGGACUCUGGUGUGUCUCUGAGGCGACACAAGUUGGUUCAAGACACACUGGAGGGACUCAGGGAGCUCCUCCACAUUCUGCAUGGACUUCCUGCAGCUGUCCCUGUUCUCCCCUUGGAGCUGAUUGUCACCUGUAACUUCAUUAUCCUGAAGGUGAGCCUAGCCCAGGGUUUCACUGAAGACCAGGCCCAGGAUAUACAACGGGGCCUAGAAAGAGUGCUAGAGACCCAGGAGCAGUUGGGGCCCAGGCCAGAGCAAGGGAUCAGGAAGUUGUGGGAGUCUGUCCUCCGUGCUUCCUCCCUUCUGCCCGAGCUACUGUGUGCCCUGCACCACCUGGCUGGCCUGCAGGCUGCCCUUUGGCUGAGCAUUGACCGUCUUGAAGACCUGGCCUUGCUGUUGCAGACUCUGAAUGGCAACCAGAAUGGGGCCUCUAAGGAUCUGCUGCUACUUCUAAAAACUUGGAACCCUCCAGCUGAGGAAUCAGAUGCCCCAUUGACCCUGCAGAAUGCCCGGGGUUUGAGGGAUAUCCUUUUGACAGCAUUUGCCUACCGUCAAGGCCUCCAGGAGCUGAUUUCAGGGAGCCUACCAAGGGCAUUGAGCAGCCUGCAUGAAGCAGCCUCAGGUCUGUGUCCACGACCUCUCUUGGUUCAGGUGUAUACAGCAUUAGGAUCCUGUCUUCGUAAGAUGGGAAAUCCACAGAGAGCUUUGCUGUACUUGAUUGCAGCCCUGAAAGGGGGAUCAGCCUGGGGUCUUCCACUUCUGGAGGCUUCCAGAUUAUAUCGGCAAUUGGGGGAUACAGCUGCAGAGCUGGAGAGUCUGGAGCUGCUGGUUGAGGCCUUGAGUGCCACCCAUAGCUCUGAAGUUCCACAGCUUCUCAUUGAGGUAGAAUUGCUACUCCCACGACCUGACCCAGCCUCUCCCCUUUACUGUGGCACACAGAGCCAAGCGAAGCACCUGUUAGCAAGCCGAUGCCUACAGAUGGGGAGGGCAGAAGAUGCUGCAGAGCAUUACUUGGACCUGCUGGCCCUGUUGCUGGAUGGCUCAGAUCCACGGUUCUGCCCACCAACCUGCCCCCCAGGACCUUGCAUGCCUGAGGUGUUCUUGGAGGCAGCAGCAGCACUGAUCCAGGCAGGCCGAGCCCAAGAUGCUUUGACUGUAUGUGAGGAGCUGCUUACCCGCACAUCUUCUCUGCUUCCCAAGAUGCUUCAGCCAUGGGAAGAUGCAAGAAAAGGAACCAAGGAACUGCCAUCCUGCCCACUCUGGGUCUCUGCUGUUUACCUGCUUCAGGGCCGGGCCUGGGUACAACUGAGGGCCCCAAAAGAGGCAAUUAGUGAAUUUAGCCGGUGCCUUGAGUUGCUCUUCCGGGCCAUACCUGGGGACAAAGAACAAGGGGCAGCUUCCAACUGUGAGCAGGAGUGUAGGUCAGAUAUGGUAGUGCAACAUCUUCGGGCAGCUGCCCUGAUCAGUCGUGGACUGGAGUGGGCAGCCAAUGGCCAAGAUACCAAAGCCCUACAGGACUUCCUCCUCAGUGUGCAGAUGUGCCCAGGUAAUAGAGAUGCUUCCUUUCACCUGCUUCAGACUCUAAGGAGGCUGGAUAGGAAGGAUGAGGCCGCUGCUUUCUGUUGGAGGCUGCAGGCCCAAACUCAACUGCCACAGAAGGAAGCUACCUGGUCUCUCCCUCUGUACUUAGAAAUCUAUUUGAGCUGGAUCCAUUCCCCUGACUGUGAAACCUUCCUUGAAGAGUUUCAGACAUCUCUGCAGGAGCCUCACGACCUGUAGCUGCUAUGUUUCCAAGAGCCUGAGCUGAGGGCCCAGUGAAUCAUCUCUGUGAGGAGGGCCUUCCCGCCUCCCCUUGCUUUACCCUCCAUGGGUGAUGUGACUGGAGCUGAUCAUUCCUAUGUAACUCUUCUACUGGUGAAGUUGGUGGCAGUCUUGUGUGGUUUGGGAUACUCCUUCCUUCUGGAGGAAGUAUUCCCUGCUACCAACAAGUCAUUGACUUUGCUUGUAGCAUCUGUUUUUCCUGUUUCCCCUUUUCUUGUGUUGAGUAAAAAUGCAUAUAUAUAUAUAUAUAUAUAUAUAUAUA